AUGGAGAAUAUACAUUAUACUGGAAUAGAUCAAUCCGCACAGAUAGGCAAGUGGCGCACAAUAGGCCUGAUACAACAUUAUGGCAGUAGGAAGAGAAAACAGUUCACCUCAUUGACUAUGCGGAUACCUAGAGAUCCUAACAUGAGGAAGUUGUGGUUACAUGCUAUAAGAAGAGAAAACUUUACUCCCAGUACAACAACGGUAAUUUGUGAAAAGCAUUUCACUUCAGAGGAUUAUGAAGUUAGUGUUCAUGGAAAUAAGGUACUAAAAAAGGUGGCAGUUCCAUCUGUGUUUGAUUUUCCAGCCCAUCUCAAGAAAGAACCUAGCCAUCGAAGGGUUUUGAAAAGAAAACAUAAAGAAUCGAACUCAAAAGCAACAGAUAUGUUCUUUAAAAUAUUCCCAGUCUAA